GACUUGGGCCGGAGAACCCUUAUCCAGCUCAGUACGAUGACUGUCUGAAGGCGACUGUCUUCCUCAUGAAACACGCAGAAGAUUACGGGGUGGACAGCUCCCGUAUUAUCAUUGCUGGAGACAGCUUCGGGGGUACAUUGGCCACACGUAUCUGCCAGUUACUAGUGGACCGGAGUGACCUUCCCAAGGUUCACGCCCAAGUGUUGAUCUACCCCGUUCUUCAAGGCCUGGAUUUCUCCUUGCCAUCCUAUCAGCAGAACUGCAAAAGUCCCUUCUUGUGGCGUAAGAUAGUUCCCUUCUUGGGCUGCUAUUACUUUAACAAGCCCACUUCUCUUGCGGACAGUAUUCUGAAAAGCAGUCACGUUCCUGAGGCCACCCGUCUGAAGUACCAGAAGUGGUUGAGCGCUGACAACAUCCCGGAACAGUUCAAAGCCAGAGGCUACACGCCUCCAGAGCCAUCCUCGUCUCAUUUUAACCCUCGGUUGCACGAAGAAAUUAAAGAGAUGCUCACCGAAACCUGCUCGCCGUUGCUCACCGAGGAUGCGGUGAUCUCCAAGCUCCCUCAGACCUUCUUGCUGACCUGCGAGUAUGAUGUCCUUCGCGACGACGGGUUGUUGUACAUGAAGCGACUGACGGACAAUCGUGUGCCGGUAACCUGGAGCCACGUAGAGAAGGGCCUGCAUGGGAUGGUCUUGCUCUAUGGGUUUUGGAUCCGAUCCCCUCUGCCGACCAACAAGAUGGUGCACGAUAUCACCGAUUUUAUCCGACGCUUGUGAGGCCAAAAACAAAACCGAUGUCGCAUUUUGAUCUUCUUUCCGGGGGAAUCCGGUGGCCUAGACUCGUGGACCCCUUAGGAUAAACUGGUUAGAUCCUGGUCAAUGAACCUCAAAUGUAGCUCUUAAAAUCAAUCUGACUUCUCCAUUCUGUGUUUUAUUAUUCUAUAUUCUAUAUUCUAUAUUCUAUAUUCUAUAUUCUAUAUUCUAUAUCCUAUCCUAUCCUAUCCUAUC